GACGUUCAGAAACGAGUUGAAGUGUGCCUUUUGAGCGAUGGUGGCAGUGCGCUACGAGAAGGAAAUGGGGCUCGAGGAAAAAGCGAUUUUGCUGGCAGAACGGCUGGCAGCUCUGGACCAAGUGAAAGAGUGGAAGCACGCUGUCAAAAUGGAGCUCACACAGCAGCAGUAUUCGGUAGAUCAGGUGCAGAGUCUGCAAACACUGGACAAUCCGCUCAUGUACUGCCUGCUGGAAAAGAUGGGGCUGCUUGGGCUCAUCAAGCGCACGGUGAUCGAUCUGCACUGCGAGGCCAUGCAGAGUGCAACUGCAGCGUCGAAGAAACAGUUGAGAUGCUCGCCAAACGAUGGGCUUUUGCUGCCGGGGGUGCGCAUGGCGGAUGGUUGCAGUCUCGACGUCGUUCGGGCUGCGCGCGACAACUGGGAGAAAAUCACGAGCGACGAGAUGCUGAGGGUUGCGAGUGAGCUCGGACGGCCACUGAUAGCCCCGAAAGCGACCGUGGAAACACCAGAUCGCGAUGAUGGACAGACAGCCACACUCGAGGAGGAGAGUAUGAAAUCUCCCAAGCUGAGCAAAAAACUAAAUGCACGAUUUCUCUACGACGGAAUCGAUCUGCUGCGUUCACUUCAAGCCAUCGAGCCACCCAACCGAACUCGUGAGCCGAUGGAGCUGUCACCAAGCACUUGGGGUAUGCACUCUGCUCUGUCUUUCAUUGCACAGAAACUGACACUCGGCGGUGGUGCAGGUUCGAUUCAGUUUGAGCUCUAUUCGCCACCCUUUCCUGAAUAUCGACGAUUAUUCCCAGAGCUAGCCCCUGGAUACGGUCAAAUUGGACUGGAUGAGCUUUUCCCAGCGCAAAGGAGUGCUUUCAUCGCUGAGAAAAACCGUGUCGGCGAUCUUGUUCUAGCACAUCAAAGUGUGUCAAUGGCUCGUCAGUACUCCAAGACAGGAUGCCCUGUCAGUUUGCGACCCCAGAUAUGGCGACAGGCUCUGUCGGUACCGGUCACCGCACAGGAUCGGAGCUACUUCGAACAUUUACAAAAGCAUGCCGCGCAGUGGGCCUACCUCACGGACGACAUGUACUUGCUUGAUCUCCAGCAAACGAUCGACAGCUGUGACUACUUCGUUUUCCAAGACCAUCUCGAAAGCGUACUCAUGGCAUUCACACGGGAUACAUACGUCAAGGCACACGCACUGCAAGUGAAUGGUACCGUGACAUGUUCUCUGUCUGGAGCUGGACUUCCACAAACAGCAGAUUUACAGCCAGACGACGCCACGCCUGACGUGACCGAGUGCCGAGUCCCUCCAAACGGAGUGUUGCCUUUCAGUGGCCUCGUCAUGUACAUGGCUCCACUUGCUUAUCUCUACGCGGAUCCUGUAGAAAUCUACUACGUAUUCCGUGAGAUGUACACUCGCUACUGGAGCAAGCUCAAUGCUAUCCGUACUGAACGAGGAACGAUCUUUCCUCUUUGCAAGUUGUUUGAAGAUCUUGUCGCGCGCUCAAGUCCCGCCGUUGUAUUCCAUCUCAGAAAUAUUGGCAUCACACCUUUGGAUAUUGCCUUCUCGUGGAUUCAGAGUGCUUUCUCGGGCGUAUUAGACAUUGAUCAAGUCCUCCUACUCUGGGACCGCGUCAUUGGCUACGAUUCAUUAGAGCUCGUUGCCGUUUUUGCUGCUGCACUUUUCAACUUCCGAGCAGAUGAAUUGGAGUGUGUGAGCACGCGCGAGGAAGUCGACGAUCUCUUUGCAGAGCUCAUAGAUAUUCCAGUAGUCACGUUGUUGCAGAACUAUCUCUUCGAACUCCCGUAAGCACAAAUCAGUUGUUUCAAACUCCAUUUACAUUAUUCCGGAAGAAAUGCUUUAUCGGUGUGACGAAUGACAGCUAGCACCCCCUUCUUGAAAGCUUCGUAGCAUGAAUAUGACGGAAGUCGUAGUAUAUCUGGUUUG